GGAACAAAUUAUGGGUCGGGAAAAGUUACCCGCACUCUUUGUUUGAAGCAACUUUGGACAAAUGAAAAAAUGCUUUAAUAAUCUUUUGUUUGGUCCUCCACGCUGCACUGGAUGAUCCAUUAGAUACUGAGCACGUAUAUUUCUAAUGAAUUUCUGCCAGUCUAUGACAGUUGCUCGACUCCUACCGGUUUCCUCGCAGACAAAAUGCUGGCGUACAUCCAUGCCAUAGACCAAGGUGACCUUUGACCUGAGCUGUCUGAUCUAAAGCUAUGGCUCCUUCAAGAAAAAGAGCUUCGGAACAAGGUGUUGACAAAGGACAAGAGAGUUCUCCUAGCGCUGGGCAGAAAUGUACCUUCUCUGGAUGCUGUGGUCAAGGUCAUAUAAAUGACAAGUUCUCCAGCCACAAAACGCUGGCCACAUGCCCACUGGCUGCAGCGAAGAAGCUGAAGCAAGAAGAGCCCAGUCUGUCUAAAAGGUCAAAAAUUGAGAAGAGAUCUGCCACAUCUUCGUCACUAGGGAGGUCAGAGCAUUCUGACACCUCUCGGUCAUCUCGCUCAUCAAGUUCAGCCAAGUCCACCAGUGUUGUAGAGGCAGAAGGAAAGCCCAGUGGUGGGAGUUCCACAAGAGCUUCUAGUUUGAGGAAGGAAGUUCCACAAAAUGCUGGCCCCGCAACCCCAGUUGGGGCUGGUGGGAAGAAAAAUUUGGCAAGAAGAGAGCUUGUGCUUGAUGAUGUAGCGGACAGUCCGCCACGGGCCAGUCGGAGAAGUGCAACACGAACCAGCGAGGUUGCAGUGAUUUCUGGUCACACAUCUAGAGGGGACAGCAAAGAGAGACAGAGUGGUGGUGAAAAGGAGGAUCAAAUUGGGACAGGAAAAAGCCCAAGGAGGCAAGGCAGUGGAAGUGCUGACAGCAGGUCACCUUCCUCUGCUACUGACAGGAACGAAUCGAAAAGUAGUGUUGCAAAUUCUUCAGCAAGAGGGAAACUCCGUUCAACUUCCAGCACUCUCAGUGCUCGGGAGGCAUCUGGAGAUGUGAAAAUUCUGAAAGUCUCACCCAAACCUGAACAGAAAGAGACGGGGAAUAAAAAGCCUUCUGUAGCUAAGACAAGGAAUGAGAGUCCUGAGGAGGAUAAUGCAAAGCCGUCUCCCCGGAGUUCGAGGUCUGGCACUCGAGCGGAACCCAUGACUACAAAAAUGAGCCCUGCAGAGACGAGAGGAAGGAGAGAAGGGAAGGAUUCUCCUAUCCGAGCAUCCACAAGAAGCAGUAACACCGAGUCCAACCCAAGGGACAAGGAGGGUUGUGCUAAGGUAGGUGGUGCUGCAACAUCAAAAUCUCCAGUCCGAGCAGCCACAAGGAGCAGUAGUAGUGAGGCCAGUUCCAAAGACAAAGACGUGUGUGGGAAGCAAGAGGGCAUUGUAUCAAAGUCUCCUGUCCGAGUCGUGAAGGAUGCUAACCCUUCUUCUGCUGGUCAGAAGAAAGAAGAAAAGGACAAACAGGGAGAUACCGUCAGCAGCAGUUACCGUGGCACACGUGCUCAGGCUAGGAAAGAUGCAGAUUUGGACAAGAAAAAUACGAUUGCUGCUAUUACUACAACUAGUCCCAAGCCAAGCGGAUCCCCAAAAGCUUGUGCUAAUGCCAAGGCUAUCGGGGUCCCCAAAGCCACUUCUUCGUCAAGGGUUGUAGGUGCAAAGGCCAGUCCUAGCUCCAAGCAAGAUACUGUUGUUGAGAGGGUGGUGAAGGAGCCGGCAGAACCAGUGUCUCAAAAACGAACCCGGGAAGAAGAAGAAACGGGGGAAAGUACAAGGAAGAAGAGAAAGUCUGAUAGAUUCAGUGUGCAAACAGCUGUAGAUAGGUUGAGAGAUGAGCAAGUUCAGGUGGCUACUUCGUCGAAGACCAACGCCCCAGAGGAAGAUGAACAUUCAUUGAAAGAUGAUGACAAUGUUGUUGAACUCAAGAUUGAAAGUACUGAGGACACAGCUGAUAAUGCUGAUGAAGAAAAGAUUGAUAAUAUUGACAGUAAGAGCCUUGAAAUAGAAACUAAGAAAUGGAUAAAUAAAAACAAGAAGGACGGCAGUGAGGUCAAAACUGAAAGUGUGGAAGAUGCAAUCAGUAAUGAUGUUGAGACAAAAACAAACAGAAUGGGAAUAAAAACUGAGGAUGAUAUUAAAAUAAUUGAAGUCAAGACUGACAGUAUGGACAAUGAUACUGAUGGUGCUGAUAUUGUACAAGUUGAUCCAUUGUCUUCAGGCUCCAUGUUAGAAGUCAGAGAUCUUACAUCCAAUGAGAGUCAUGAGUUGCACACUGCUGGACAGACCAAGGCCAGGGAUCAGCUGGCUCAGGUAGUGGAAGAGAAUAUGUUGUUGUAUCGUACAGGAUCAGAGGCAUUGAAUGUAGCCACGGCUGGUGUGUCUGCUGGUGGUGAGGAUGAAGUGCAGGGGGAGGCUUUGACCGGCACUCUUGACUGUCAGAGCAAGGAGGGAAGUUGUGGUCCUCUAGCAGUUGAUGCUGAAGUUGAGGAAGUCAUGGACGUAGGCGAUGAAGGGGUUCCUGGGGAUUUGAUUGGCACAGAUGAUGAUGAGAUGAUGAACAAGGGCAGUACAGAUGUGAUAGUUGAGGGGAGAAGUAUUGAGACAGUCAUGCAAGAUGGAUGCACGAAGGAUUCAUUUUGUACUCCCAAUGGGCUGUCAAAGCCUGGAGGGAAAGUUGAGGAGACAAGCAUGCAUGAUGUGUGUAGGGAUGGUGGGGGUACAUUUACCGAACAGUGCAAACAAGAGGGGGAUGCCACAGUCACAGAAUCUGGGGCUGUUAAGGAGGAACUUGUACUGUUUGAAGACAAACCAGUGAUGCCUGUCUCUGCAACUGAGACAAUGGAUCAGUCCAAGGCUCCUGCAGCCCAUGAGAUAGACCACAGAAAUGUUGGUCACCAAGGCGCCACAGGAGAGGGGGGAGCUCUGCUGGCUUUGGAUGAACUGGAAGAAAAGGCUGCACAGGUUUGCUUUUCCGUAGGUUCAGAAAAACUGUCAGAAUGCGGAGUUGUUGACAGUAUGUUGACCAGUGGAGGGGAGGUGGCCGCCAGUGAGGAUAUGGUCGGCUGUCCUCUCGCUGGUGCUGCUCUGGAAUGUCCUGUAGAGCCCUCGGAGACGGGUGAGAGGCAUCAGUCUCCUAGUGAUACACAGGAAUGUAUGGGAUCUUGUGAAACUGAUCAGAGUGAACGGGUGACCCAUGAGAAGCUUAAAUCUCCACAUGAGGAGGAAACAGAAGCUUGUGAUGCUGAGAGAGAGGUAAGUGGUAGAGAAGACAAGUUUGAACCUGACACAACAAAGAAUGUGACACAAGAGACACAACAGAAAGACAAAGAGGAGGAUAAGGGGGGGGACUCUGAACUUUGGAAGAAAAUUGAAAUUAAGGAAGAAUUACUGGACUUAAAAGAGGACAUGAAGAAGGAGGUGGACAGUGAGUUGUGUGAAGAGGUUUUGGAGAAAAGCUAUGUUCCCAAGCUCUUGGUGCAGCAGAACAUUGAGAAGAUAGCCUUUGCCUCAAUGGAAGAUACAGAGAGGGCACUGAUGAAACAUGCAGGGCAUGCAUCAAACUUUGAGACAAAUGUUGAAGUGAAGGAAGAGCCUGAGGACUUACAGGAGGGUGAAGUCUCAUCCCUGGACCCUCGUCCUCACUCACCGGUGCCUGACCUGGUGGAGGUGAAGGAGGAGGCGGAUGAUUUUGAGGUGGUGGCAGAAUGGAGCACAUGGCCCAUGUUGUCCUCAGGAGACACUUUCUGUAAUGCUGAGGAGGACUUUGUUGCUGGUCUUGUAGCGAGCACUGGAGACAGUUCUUGUGGGCAAGGAGAGCCAAAUGUAGCACAGGCUUCUGUAAAGACUGGCGAUGUAGAAGCCAGUGAUGUAUGCAUGUCUGCUGCUGUUGCAUCUCCACAAUCUAAUUCCUGCGGAAAAGUCAGGCCAAGUGAAGAACAGCCUUCAGUAAAGACGAGCUGUGAAAAGGAGACCAUUCUGUUAAGCAUGUCUCCUAUGGUUAGCUCUUUGCAAUCUGUCUCUUCUGUGACUGAUUCUGCAGGUGAAGCAGGGUCAGUUCCCUCCUCAGCGCAUUUGUCCCGUGAGACUGCUGGUGAGCAUGGUCCAGGAAGAUUUCACACUGUGAGAGACACAAAGAGUGCCCCACCCCUGCCAGUUGAAGGUAGCUCUAAUGUGCAGGGUCAGCUCUACAGGGAUAUGAACCCGAAACGUACUGUAUCAAUAUUGGUGCAGGAUCCAGAUCCAAACCCAGAGGCCACAUCACUGUUGCAGGUGCGCAUGGCUUGUGGGGAGACUGCAAUCAUUAAUGUGAAGAAAACACCAGCGACAGAAAAUGUUGAUGCCAGCCCUGACAUCAUCCUGCUGUCCGGCAAUCCCUCAGGUCUGGUGGAGGGCAGUAUGACAUCUGAAAUGGCUGCAGCCAUGUCCCUGGUGAGUGACAAGAUCCGCUCUAACAAAAAGGUGAGCCUCCUAAAGCCCUUCCUAGAUCAGCAGCGGUGUUCCAGUGCACCCAUCAUCUGCUCUGUAGCAGACUUCCACCCGAAGGCAACGUGCCGACAGGAGCCAACUGUGAAGACAGAGUCAGAGUAUGUGCCACGAGAUCUCUGCAUUUUGCCACGCCGUGCUCCCAGACUGGUUAAUUGUAAUCCACAGGGGACCAAACCAAUGGUUAAUAGUAAUCCACAGAGGACCAAACCAAGAGUCAAACAUCGAGCCCCAGAAGUUAGUUAUCUCUUAACUAAAGAGCGAGGUGGUAGAAUUGUGAAAGAGAAAGAUACAAUGACAGAAGAGGUCACUGCUGGGGAAGAGAGGACACAAACAUUGCCCCCCAGUGUGUCCUCACUCAAGAGUAGUGACUCAGAUUUGAUUGAAGUGAUCAGCACUGGGAGCCAGAAAUUUAUGACGCCCAGCCAAGACUUGACCGUAACUAAAUCCAGCUCAGCGUCUGCCCUGAUGGCCCAGACCGAGUCCAGCUCAGUGUCUGCCAAGAUGGCUCCGACAGAGUCCAGCUCAGUGUCUGCCCAGAUGGCUCCGACAGAGUCCAGCUCAGUGUCUGCCCUAAUGGCUCAGACAGAGUCCAGCUCAGCGUCCACCCUGAUGGCUCAGGCCGAGUCCAGCUCAGGCCCGCCCACAGAAGUCAUCCUGACCAAGUACAGCCCAGAAGACCUAGCAGAGAUGGAGUAUGAGAUGAAAGAUAAACACAUCAUGGGACCCAAGGCAUGCCCCGUGCCGGCUUGUGAUGGAAUUGGCCAUGUGACUGGCCUCUACACCCAUCACCGCAGCCUGUCUGGAUGUCCCAAUAGAGCCAACAUGCCCUCUAAUCUCUUUGAAAAGCUGUUGAAGAAAGAAAUGAAUCUCAGGUGCCCAACCCCAGGAUGUAAUGGGCGGGGCCACAUCAACAACAACCGCAGCACUCACCGCAGCCUGUCAGGGUGUCCACUGGCAGCCAUGACAAAACUGAUGAAUCAACAACCCCAGAGCGGCUCUAAGUCAGCCAUGCAUGUAGUCGUGUUGCCAAAGUCAGACGACCCGACUAAAGCCAUGAUCGCCACCUGCUCUGAGAAGGAUCUCAUCAAACUUGUGGCUAAAGAGAUCACUCCAGGCACAGACCGCGUUCUGCGUCCAAUGAUCUUGACCAAGCAGUUUGAGCCACGCGAGAGCAACGCAGUAGCCCAGGCCACACCACGGGAAAAUCUGGCCCGAGAGUUAGAGAAGUACAGUCGACCAGAGAUGGUGCAGGGCUCCUCCACUAUUGAGGUCAAGUUCGAGCCCAAGUCAGGGGCAAGUAGUAGCAGGUCUACCUUGGCAGACGAGGUGGUGGUCACGGCCAAAUCCAUGGCUCAGAUGAAACACGCCCCUGAGCGGCCGAACAUCCUGUCUCGACGGCCACACAUGCGGCACCGACCAGGUCUGCUGAACCGCUCCCGCUCAACAGGCAACAAGAUUCUGGAUGCAGCCAACUCCCUGCGCAGUUCAAGCCCGAGCUCCGUAUCGUCUGCCUCCUCAUCGCUUUCUUCUCCGUCAUCUUCGGCCCCGCGCGCCCACUCCAAGCCCAGCUCCCUCUUGGCAGGCAAUGGUUCGGAGGAGGACAGCGACGAGGAGAUCCGUGACAACAUGAGCAGUGCCAGUGAGGAGCCCCCGAGCUUGCUCCCCAGUCGCUCCCCAUCCCCCGAGUUUCCUGAUGCCCCCUCACCUCUCCCCCUGGCUUCCUCUUCCGGCAAAGAUCCAUUCCUAGAGCUGAUGAGCUCUCGCCUGUCAGCACGCCACAGGUCGGAGGUCACUUGCCCCACCCCAGGCUGCGACGGCUCAGGUCAUGUGACAGGAAACUACUCGUCCCACCGCAGCCUGUCGGGCUGCCCUCUGGCUGACCGUGCCACUGUCCAGGCACAUCAGGUGGAGCAGAAGUGCCCGACUCCUGGCUGUGAUGGCUCAGGUCAUGUGACUGGGAACUAUGCCUCACACCGUAGUCUCUCCGGCUGUCCUCAAGCUGCCAGAAUGAAGAAGAUCCUCAUGAAGGAGGGGGAGAAGAAAGAGUCAGAGGAUCCUCUACGCUGUCCCAUCGCUGGCUGUGACGGAUCAGGUCACGUGACGGGGAAGUAUCUCUCUCACAGAAGUGCCUCGGGCUGCCCAGUCGCCAACAAACAGCGUGGGGGUCACAAGGGUCUGCUAGCCGGACUGGACAAUGGUCACACGGAGACGUUGCCCUGGGACACCAAAGCUGAGAACAUCAAUUGUCCCAUCAUGGGAUGUGACGGCUCGGGGCAUGCCAACGGCAGCUUCCACUCCCACCGCAGUGUGUCGGGAUGCCCACGCGCCUCGGCCGCCAUGAAGAGAGCUCAACUGUCGCCCAAGGAGUUGAUGGUGCUGCAGAUGAAGGCGCAGGCUGGGGAAGACCUGGAAGAUGACGCCGAGCUGCGUCGUCUGGACGAGGAAAUAGCUGAGCUGAAGGCGUCCAACGCUGCGCUAGAAGCUCGUGUGUCUGCCCGCAGGACCCAGGUGAGCUCUCGUGAGCUGGCACUGAUCCAGGCCGCACAGGAGACAGAGGUCACAGAGACCUGUGUGACUAGACUCCGUGAGAAGCUGACCACCGUCCAGGGGGACCUCAUUGCUGCACUCACCCCCAUCCUGGCUCAGCACGCAUCAGACCUUGACUUGUGCGGCCCACUGACUUGUGACAACCUCUAUGAGGUCAUCGGUCGUCUGCAGAGCCUGAGUGACAAACAGGAUAACAGCCGGAUGAUAUCAGACGUACGCUCUGCCGUGGCACUUGUCUCUGUCAGUUGAGACAUUGGGAAGGGGGUGGAAAUGUGGGUUGGUUGUUAUAAUUUUGUAAGCUUAAAACCAAGCAGAGUUGUGUUUUGGGAACAACACAUCACCACAUUAUUCUGCUGUGUCAUGAUCAAAUCAAAUUGUCAUGCUGUUGGUUCUGAUGUUAACAUUCGUUGAUUAUCUGACAACGGAUGAUGAGAAGUCUAAAAUUACUGAUAAAUAGACUAAAUGUCAAAGCUUUGGAGAAAUUUUUGGAACUGUCGGCUUUCAAUAUGAACAGAUUUUAGUUUGGACAAAUGAAAGAUUAUAGUCAACAUUUAGAUUUCUAAGACAGUUGAUCUUAGUGUCCUUUUGUGUGAUUGUGAGUGGGUGCAUGCAUACGUUUCUAUUAGAAUAAGAUGUCCAUUGUUGAAGAUUUUACCAGAGCUGACAUUUGUAAUCUUUGACCAGUCCUCUAAGAUGGGUUUGUGCAAUACUUUUGGCAAUGUUGGUUUUUACAGUGUCUUUUUGUAUCAAUCAUUUUUUAAUGAGUUCUGUGGCGGGCCCAAACUUUAUACCAAGUGAUCUGUUACGCUUACUCAUGCCAAAAUCCCUGUCCCCAUUAUGGUUUGUUAGACGGCACUACUGAUGGAUCCUUCUUUUCUUUCCCUCUCUGUUGUUUCUGUCUGUCUUUCUGUCUUACUUUUACUCUGAGCUAAAUGACCGCUAUUGUGCCAGUGUGCUUCUCUUUACUCGAACUAAUGAACCUGUCCUCGUUCAGCUGUCUUCAUGUCUGUGAUGUAGUAGUUUUCUAUUUGGCUGUUUAUAUAGUGAUAAUAGAAUGAAUAGAUUGUAUUUAAAUAGCACAUGCCUAUACUUGAAAGUAAUCUCUAUGCGUUUUACAAUUGAAUAACACCGGAACCAUUUAGUAAAGCUCCGAAGUGUUCUCAGCUUUCCUGAAAGCAUCAGUGUAAGCUGCCGUUAGAUGUUUUACUGGCGCUCGAACACUAACUUACCCGCUUGAGUGAAGUGAUAAAAUUUGUGCAACACAUCUUUCAGAAGGACCCAAUAAACCCUGACAAGUAUUCGAACCUACACCGUACAGUUGGUAGUCAGGCACUCUGAUCUUGUUUACCUGCGCUGGGCGAAGGCUUCAGAAGAAGACCAAAGAAAUGUAGUUGUAAUUGAUGGUAGUCCUGCCACCUUUUGGCUGGUGUGUGUCAACUUGUCAUGUGUAGUUAGUAAACAAAGAUAUUUGUUGGCCUGAUGUGGUGACCAUCGUAAAAUUAUACUUCUACAAUGUACACACUUGUUGGAGGAUGCUUUUUAGCAUUAGCUAUGUCACAUACUGUUGGUCGGAACAUUUUGUUGUGAAAUGUGUAUUGUUUUUAAUACUGUCUUACUUUUAAAUUUUGUUUCAUUGUGAUCUACGAACUGAAGCUUUUUGUGUUGUUACGGUCAGUAGAACUACCAUUAGAAGUAUUGAAGGGGUAACGUACUGAAAAGUUUUAUUUUAUUGUGAUCAGUACUACAACCAUCAAGGUGAGAAGAGUCACUGUCACAGAGCAUGAUUGAGAAGGUUUAGUCUAUACUGAUAAUGUUGGGGUUUUUUUAACAGUACCAUGUAACAUAUUAAAGAGGUACAAAUCACAAUCCAAAAGUCAGCCUCAAACCUUGUGGUCAUCAGAACUGUGUGGAGUCCAAUCAGUCAUAUCAUAUUUAUUCCUUCCUGUUGUUGGGUAUGUGCAAUAUUUCCAUUGUUUUGUUUUAAGGAAUCUUUACAUCCAAAUUAUGUUUUUCUAGUAAUUUUAUGAAAUUGUAGUACUUUUAUUUUAAUGAAAGAAAGCAAGGAGGUGUGUGUCAGCGUCCAUAAGCUGACCUUCUGGUUUGUCGUGGCAGAGCUUGAGUAGGCUGAGUGUGGUGAACACAUUCUGUUUAGAGAGCUUGUUGUGGUGAACACAUUCUGUUUAAAGAGCUCAGUGUGGAUAACAUAUUCUGUUUAGAGAGCUUGUUGUGGUGAUCACUUUCUGUUUAGUGAGCUCAGUGAGGUGAAACCAUCCUGUUUAGAGAGUUCAGUUGAGUAACAUGAAUAGACAUAAAAUUCUAUUUUAGAAAGCUCAGUGUGGUGAACACAUUCUGUUGAGUGAGCUCAGUGUGGUGAACACAUUCUGUUAGUGAGCUCAGUGUGGUGAACACAUUCUGUUAGUGGGCUCAGUGUGGUGAACACAUUCUGUUAGUGAGCUCAGUGUGGUGAACACAUUCAGUUUAGUGAGCUCUGAAGUUAAGACAGUCUGUGAUCUCAAUGGAGUGAAUAGCCUUUUCAGUCACCUGUUUUGCGAGUUCUUUGAGCUGGACACAGUUUAUUAAAGGCUCAUUGAUGUGACUGACUACAGCCUUUUUGGGGAGCUCUGUAACCACUGUAACUGAAAGUGAACUCUCUAUUUAGUGAGAUCUGUGAGGUGAAUACAGUGUGUUCCCAGGUAUCAACACAUUUUAUUUACACUUGGUCCAUGUAUUGUGGGGGUUUUUGUCUACUAUCUAUUUAUUAUUGUGUUUAUUUAAUUAUAUUUAUUGUCUUACCGUGAUCUUUGUGAAGGUAAAACAUUUUAUUUUUUUUGCCUCACAUGUUUUUGGGAUGGACAUUGUGUGAUGUUCUGUUGUAUUGUGUGAUGUUCUGUUGUAUUGUGUGAUGUUCUGUUGUGUUGUGUGAUGUUCUGUUGUAUUGUGUGAUGUUCUGUUGUGCCUGUGUGUGUCAAUAUGUAGACAUAUUGUUUUAUUGCUUCCUUUUGAUGUUGUGCUUGUUGUCACUGACGAUAACUUCCAGCUAUCUCCUUGACCCACACCAUGCCAAGCUAGCAGCCGUCUCGUCAAUCUGAUCCUUGUCUAUUUGUGUGAAUGUACACUGUCUCCUUGUACCUUCUUUCCAUUUCCAUUUCGGUGUCUGUUGUUUGAAUGGCAGAUCAUUCCAAUUCCAUAGACAGUGCAUGUCACGCAGACAUGAUGGCUGGCGCUCAUUUGACCUUAUGCAGUUGCGAGGGCCGUAAAACCUCUACUAAAAUUAAAACAUGAUGGUGUCAAGUCAAGAUGGCUGCUCCCUACUUGCACCAAUGGACUGCACCAUAUUACUAUGUUGUUUAUACACUGCUGGGAACAGCUGCCCAUUUUAUUGUCUGACCACUUGGACUUGAUAUAUUAUAUAUAUAUAUUCCUGUUGUGUUGAUCUCUUGGUCUGUCUCAUUCCCAUUUUACAAGUUGUGCAAUAUACGUAUGAUCUAUCUAUUCGUAUACAUCGUAGUACCGUAUUGAAAUGUUUACAUCUGCUCUGUGCUACAGAUUUUUACCUGUCACCAGCCCUCUUGUGAGGGGAUAUAUAAAAUUGUGGAAACAUUUA